AGGAGGUGAAUUGGGAACCAUUGGAUCAGCAGGUUAAACGAUAAUGAGAUGAAAUGCCUAUAUAUUGGAUAGGUGAAGGAACAGAAGCAAGCCUCUCAAACACAAGAGAAGAAAGUAAAAGAACAAGAAGAGAGUAUUAGUACUCAUGGCUUCUUCAAUGAUAUCAUCAGUAGCACCGGUUACCCGUGCAUCCCCUGCUCAGGCUAACAUGGUCGCGCCUUUCACCGGCCUCAAGUCCAUCGCAUCAUUCCCCGUCACCCGAAAGCUUGAGAAUGACAUUACCUCUAUUACCAGCAACGGAGGAAGAGUUCAAUGCAUGAAGGUAUGGCCACCAAUUAACAUGAAGAAGUUCGAGACACUCUCGUACCUUCCUCCUCUCACCACCGAACAAUUGGCAAAGGAGGUCGACUACCUUCUCCGUUCCGGAUGGGUUCCUUGUCUGGAAUUCGAGUUGGAGCACGGUUUCGUGUACCGUGAGCACAACAAAUCCCCCGGAUACUAUGACGGACGAUACUGGGUUAUGUGGAAGCUUCCCAUGUUCGGGUGCACCGACUCAUCGCAGGUGUUGAAGGAGCUUGAUGAGUGCGUCAAGGAGUACCCCCAGGCCUACGUCCGUAUCAUCGGAUUCGACAACGUUCGCCAAGUCCAGUGCAUCAGUUUCAUUGCUCACCAGCCUGAAUGCUGAUCAAUCUGCUGAUUUCAUAUAUUUAUCUAUCUUGUUCGGCUCAUAUAUAAACCUCUUGCAAUUUCAUUUCAUUCCUUUCAGUUUUAUGUUUCUCAAUAACACCCACAAUAUCUCCAACACAAGGAAAUUUUAACUACGAGGAUUAUAUGUAGCGAUUGUUGGUGAUUAUUUAUAUCUACUUGUUUUUCCUGCACCUCUAAAUAUUUGUGUCAUACAUUUUAUCUCCAGCACAGGAAAUUUGAAAUAUGAAGGAUUAUUAUGUAGCGAUUGUUGGUGAUUAUAUAUAUCUAGUUGUUUGUUUUC